AUUGCACUGAAAAAAAAGCUCCCUGUUUGACGCCCACCUAGGUUCCUGUGUUCAACUAGUAAUGCCUGAUGUGCUGUGGCAGGUCUGAUCUGGCCAGCUGGCUAAUGUUUUGGAGAACACAGGCUAAUAGCUAGCCUAGCUACGCUGCUAGUUUGCUAACCACAGUCGGUCAACACAAUAUAAAAACACCGGAGAAAAUAAAACAUAAAUAUACGAGACAGUUUCAGGUGCUAGUAAAAGUCUAAUAUAUGUAACUAGUUAAGUCGUCAAGAACAUCCAACCGUAGCAGUGGGAAAAGGUAGGGACGUGGUGGAAUAUAUCUCUAACGUUAUCUAGUUUGGCCAAAUGCCUUGUUUGGGUUGGUUGUCAACGCUAGCUCUUACUGGAGUUGGACAAACGCUGGCAUGUUAGCUCGCUAGUUUAUUGGGAGAUGGGUAGCUACAGAUUGUAACGGUUGACAACGCUAGCUCUUGAGUUGGACAAACGCAGGCAUGUUAGCUUGCUAGUUUAUUGGGAGACGGGUAGCUACAGAUUGUAACACAAUGUGAUUUAACCAAAUAUUAUACUGGUAGUUACAGGCCUGGCUGUACAAAACGCCUAAUAACUUGAACCUGUUAUUGGCGAUACUAUCUUCGUCCUCCACCAGUAUAAUGAACCACAUUUGUUGGGUUAAAUCGCAUUAUCUGGUUUUACAAUCUGGAGUUAGGAGACCGGUAGUUUAACUAGAUUUUUAAGUUUCAUGACAGCCUGUUUUCGUUGUUUCUCUGUGUUAAAGUUUUUCUGGCAGAACCCACACCACCAGUUGUUUGGUCAUUAACGUUAUGUUGUAAUUCUGUAAAACGAACAGGUUUUCAUUAUUCAUGCCACCAAUGGCAACAUUGUCAUCAGCUCCUCAGGACUGUUAACAAAUGAGAACUGCAGUGAUUAGGUAACUAAUAAUUGUUUUUAGCUAGUUAGUUACAAACAUGGUUCUGUCAUCAACAGUUGGAUUUCAUCAUGCUAUGGCAAGGUGAAGGUGUAGAUUACAAGCUAGACUCCCCUUUAGACUACAAGCUGGCCACACACACUUUCAUAUGGCCUUUGCUUAGACCCUUUGGUGACUGAGACCAACAAACACCAGUGUGAAGGAGAGGGAGGAAGGCCUGAUCUUUGAGAUGACUGUCUACCCAAAGAAUUCAGUGCGGAUCUUAUCUGCCCGGGAGCGUGGGGCCCGUGGCCUUGGCUCCCAGCGCCUCCUGCAGCAGCUUGUUGAAGAGAAGACCCGGAGGAUGAAAUGGCAGAGUCAGAAAGUGGAGUUGCCGGACAGCCCUCGUUCUACCUUCCUGUUGGCUUUUAGCCCGGACAGGACCUUAAUUGCCUCCACUCAUGUCAACCAUAACAUUUAUAUCACCGAGAUUAAGACAGGGAAGUGUGUUCACUCUCUGGUUGGCCAUCGCCGCACUCCUUGGUGUCUGACCUUUCACCCUACCAUCCCUGGUUUGGUGGCUUCGGGAUGUCUGGAUGGAGAGGUUCGCAUCUGGGACCUGCAUGGUGGCAGUGAGAGCUGGUUCACUGAGAGCAAUGUGGCCAUUGCCUCCCUGGCGUUUCACCCUACUGCCCAGCUCCUUCUCAUAGCAACAAACAAUGAGGUUCACUUCUGGGACUGGAGUAGGAGGGAGCCAUUUGCCCUGGUCAAGACUGCCAGCGAGACAGAGAGAGUCAGACUGGUGAGGUUUGACCCACUGGGUCAUUACCUGUUGACCGCUAUAGUGAAUCCCUCUAACCAACAGCAGAGUGAUGAUGACUCUGAGGUCCCCAUGGAUAGCAUGGAGAUGCCCCACUUUCGCCAUCGAUCCUUCCUACAGUCCCAACCGGUCCGCCGUACCCCCAUUCUCCACAACUUCCUGCACAUCCUGUCAUCGAGGAACUCAGGCUCACAGUCUGAGGAACAGCAUCCUCCUGCACCCGCUGUCAAUAGUGCUGCUGACUCUCCUAGUCUUUCCUCUGGACGUUAUUCCGCCCUGCGUAAUCGCUCCCGACCUCCCUACCAGGGUUGUGUGCAACACCUUGGUAUGGUUUGCUUCUGCAGUCGGUGCUCUGCCAUCCAAGCCCCUUCACCAUCUGGAGAGGACCCCUCUGACCCGGAGAGCCUGGAGACCCAGUCCUAUGCCUCCACCUUCUCCUCUGCUCGCACUGAGCCCCGGCAGCCCUCUGAGCCUCGCUCCUCACACCGUCCCUCUGCCUUCAGCAGUGUGUACAGCGGUGCUAGAGGACACUCUUUACGCACUCCAUCUUCAGGCCACCAGCAGCCAGGCCGGGAGUGUUCUGGGCGACUGGCGGGGGCAGACUGGAUGGGUAGCAUGCUCAACAUGCGGCCUGAGCGUAGUGGGAGUAUUGGGGUAUCUCCACCCAGGACUAGUGCAUCGUCUGUCAGCCUGCUGUCUGUGCUGAGACAGCAGGAUUGCUCUUAUCAGUCGCCUGUCUACACCUCUGCCACAGAGGGAGGAAGCUUUCCCCCAGCAGUUAUGAGCCCCCACACCAGUGGAAACAGCUCUGUAGAUGGACCCAGCACUAGUAGUGGACACCACUCUCUUGGGGAGGGAGGGAGCAACAGCCCCACCUCUAUCCGUAACGUGCUGCAGUGCAACUUGAAUCGCUACUUCAUGGAGUAUGAUCGCAUGCAGGAAAUGGAGCAGUCAGGUGGCGCUGGUAGAGAGAGCAGCCAAGAGCAACAGACACGGGAGAUGCUCAAUAAUAACAUAGACUCUGAGCGGCCUGUCAUGCCUCAUUAUCAGCCCCCCCACAGCAUUGAUGGUGGUUCUGGUCCCUCCCGCGGCCAUAUGAACCGCUGCAGAGUCUGCCACAACCUGUUCACAUUUAAUCAAGGUACACAGCGCUGGGAGCGCACCGGCCAGACCCCAUCACAAGAGGGGAGCACCUCAUGGCAGCAUCCAAGCCCCAACCCUGCCUUUCACAACAUGAGGCAGACUGUGCUACAGGAUCCCCAGUCCUCUGACAGAAGACAGUUAGCACAGAUACAGCCCAGUGCUGAUGAACCUGGAGGGGACACAGCCUUCCCUCACCGGGGAACCCCCAGCCCGCAGAGAGAACAGGCAGUAGGGUUGGUGUAUAAUCAGGAGACAGGCCAGUGGGAGAGGGUUUACAGACAGUCUGCCAGUCCAAGUCCAGCGGUGAAUGUACCACAAGAGGCCUUAAACCAAGAAAUGCCUGACGAAAGCCCUGAUGACGAUUACCUGAGAAGGAGACUUUUGGAGUCAUCUCUUAUGUCGCAGUCUCGGUAUGACAUAUCUGGCUCCCGGGACCAUCCCAUUUAUCCAGAUCCUGCCAGGUUGUCACCUGCUGCAUAUUACGCCCAGCGGAUGAUUCAGUACUUAUCUCGGCGGGACAGCAUUCGCCAACGAUCACUGCGCUACCAGAGCCGACUGCGGCCUCUCUCAUCCACCUCGGAUAGCCCAGGAAGCAACUCUUCCCCCUCCAUUGAGAACAACGAGGUGGAAUUUGAGGAGUUUGAGGAUAACGGUGAUCGCGCCAGACACAGGGCUCCGCGCCACGCUCGUAUGUCUGCCCCCUCACUUGGCAGAUUUGUUCCCCGGAGGUUCCUACUGCCUGAGUAUCUACCAUAUCCUGGCAUCUUCCACCAUGAGAGGGGCCAGCCUGGCCUGGCCACCCAUUCCUCUGUCAACAGGGUCCUAGCAGGUGCGGUUAUUGGUGACGGUCAGUCAGCUGUGGCUAGUAACAUCGCCAACACUACCUACCGCCUCCAGUGGUGGGACUUCACCAAGUACGACCUACCUGAAAUCAGCAACUCCUCUGUCAAUGUGCUGGUGCAGAACUGCAAGAUCUACAAUGACGCCAGCUGUGACAUCUCUGCAGACGGGCAGCUCCUGGCUGUGUUCAUACCCAGCAGCCAGCGGGGCUUCCCAGACGAGGGCAUCCUGGCUAUCUACUCUCUGGCGCCUCACAACCUGGGAGAGAUGCUCUACUCCAAGAGAUUCGGUCCUAAUGCCAUUUCUGUCAGCCUGUCCCCAAUGGGCCACUACGUGAUGGUGGGCUUGGCCUCUCGCCGGAUCCUGCUCCAUCACAACACAGACCACAUGGUAGCGCAAGUGUUACGCCUGCAGCAGCCCCAUGGUGGAGAGACUUCCAUGAGGAGAAUGUUUGAUGUGGUGUACCCCAUGGCCGCUGAUCAGCGGAGACACGUCAGCAUCAACUCGGCCCGCUGGCUCCCAGAACCUGGCCUGGGUCUUGCCUACGGUACCAACAAGGGUGACCUCGUCAUCUGCAGACCUGUAGAUGCCCAGUCAGACGGAGACGGCCCCGCUGAGCACAGUGAGCUCGUAUUUGCUGUCAACAACAAUCGAGGCGGUGGUACCGGUGAGAGCCACGACGGAGAGCGACCAGGGAGCAGCAGGGCCCCCUUGAGGUCUGAAAGGGACAUGGGACUUAUGAACGCCAUCGGUCUCCAGCCCCGUCACCCUACCCCCGUUGUGACAUCACAAGGCACACAGACACCCGUCCUACAGCUUCAGAAUGCCGAAACACAGACCGACCGAGAUCCACAGGUUCCCAGCACAUCCCAGGCCUCCGGAGCAACAGACAUUGCUGGGCACAUAAGGGACCUUCAUCCAGGCAGCAGCGCAGAGACGACACCGUCUCUGUCAGCCGAGGCCUCCACAGAGGCCAGCACCACCUUGGCUAACCCAGGGGAAUCUCAAGACCGGGGCAGUGGGGAGGACGCCGUUUCUCGGCUCCGCGGGCUGAUCCCUGAGGGUGGUACGACGGCCGUGGUCCAGAGGGAGCAGAGCACCACCAUGGGCAGCUUCGGUAACAGCGUCAUCGUUAGCCACCGCGGAUCCCAGACUGGGACAGAGGCUCAGGGUGGGGGCAGAGGCACCCAGGGCAGGGGUCAGGGUGGUGGUGAUGGUUGGACGUCCCUCUCUCCGCCCCACCGUGGCACUCUGUCGUUCACAGAGCCCACCUCCCGUAUUCUGACCCACCAGAGCAUGCAGCUGGGUGAAAGCUCAGCCUUCCUGUUAGAGCCCUCUGAGGCCCAUAGCAGGACAGUAACACCUCUCCCUUCCCAGUACAUCACAGUCUCUUCUCAUCUCAGCCCUCAGGGGCCCAUUGGGGUGGAGGAGGGGGCCGAUGGGACCCCUGUGGACACAGACGAUGCGUUUGAGGGUGUGGGACUUGUCGAUGAUCUAGAUCCACACUCGCCCUCUGCUUCCUCCUCCUCUUCUUCAACCCUGUCCCCUGUUGUCUCCCCUCUCAACAACAACAGCUACAGUGCCAGUUACCACGGAGACCCCUACAGUCGAUAGAUGGUCAUGUGCUUUCCAUACCCAUCUGAUCUCUACCUAGAAGACUCUCCUCCGUCUAGCCUUAAUACAUUGACUACUGUUUAUUCUGGAGGCUUCCAAUCCCAACAAUGAAAUGAGGCACUUAAAACUUCAUCCUACUCCUCCAUUGCAUGAACUGUUUUCUAUCCAAUAGUAGGAUGGAUGAGACCUAUCUUCAACCUAGGAUGAGGCUUGGUCUCUUUCUUGGAUGUGGUGUUCCUUUGCGUGCCCUGACUUCAAUUUGAGACUUGUGUCAUUGCCCAAUUGAGUGCAAGAAUCCAAAGCUACGGUUUGACCAUUCCAUCGGAGGGAGGUGGACCUGAAUGACUCUUUUACAAUCAGGGUUUCAGAUCGGUGGUUUUCAAAUGCCAUCAAGGACCAAAUUCCAUGAUCAAAUUGCAACUUUCUUCAAAACGUGUUAAGACUCUUGAUCACUAUUAGCAUGAAGCUGAUAUGCUGAGUAGAAGCACAUUUUAUUAACCAAUCACAUUGGUACAGUUUGAUUGUGAAACUGGAUGAUUCUGUAUCAUUUUUAUUUUUUAUGUCUAUGAAUUAUAUUCUAUUGUGUGAGAGAGAGAGGAUGUUCUAUGUGACCCUUUGUGGUUACAAAACUUUUCAUUCUUCCGUUAUAGUCGUCAUGGUUGAUUAGUGUUUCGCAAAGAUGUAGCUAACCCAAGAUAACUUUUGAAUCUCUUGUACUACAUAGGAGAGCAGCGUUACAUUACAGAGUAGAAUUUAGGGUUGGGCAAUAUUUCGGGAGACCAAUUCCACCAUAUGCUACUCCAAAUAUGGGCGAUAUUCGAUAUUAUCGCUGUGCGCUGUUAAUGACAAAAUAAUACGCGACUCCUUUCUUUGCUAUUUAUGAUCUCAUAACCUCCUUCUCAUUUAGACUUCUUUUCAACAUAUUGAUACUGUCUAACUGAUAAAACUGCACGGUUUUGACUUGUAAAGUUCAAAUAGAGUAUUGUCUAGUGCGUCACAAUAGCUCGACCAUAUAGUUGAUGACAAAUAUUGCCGAUCCUCGAGUUUGUCAUAUGUUAAGCCAAACCUAGUAGCAUUACAAGCCGUUGCUACCAGAUAAUACCAUUACUCUUUCCUCCCCAGUGUAAUGCCUGAAUCUGGUGUACAGUAUGCGGUCGGAUGUGUGUGUGACAAUGGUUCAUCUGUACCCAGAAAAGAAAACAAACCGCAUGACUUAUGUAUUUCAAAGGUUGAUUUAAUAAUAACAGGGUACAGUACACAUGUACUAGUGGCAUGUAGAUCAUGAGCCCUAGAUCCGCAGCCUCGUAACUUCCAAACUUGUUUUGAAACACCGAAAUGCUGUGCCAAGUAUUUGAAGUGAAGCAUUUUGACAAUAGUGCAUCUCUUCCACGCUGUCAAACUGUCACCCCAUGUCUUGUGAUGGUUGUCUUUUAUACAGUAGGAUUCCUUCUCUAGAUCCACUGUGGUAUGUUGAGCCCCGUCAUCUAAGACUAAAUGGAAUUUGAAAAGGAGAUGCAUCCAGAAGGCUCUCUUUAAAAUGGCCAGUUUGCCUCCCACAAGCCGCCCCGGUGUCUUGAGGGUUGUGUUGUUGUGACAGAGAGGCAGUUGGAGGUGCACAGGGGUGAUGAUCGCAUUCCGAGUCACCACAGGGGCAAAGCUCUCUAGGUUGAAUGGACUUUGUGUGCUUCAAACAGAUUUGUCAGUUCUUAAUUCUUUUUAAAACUGGUUUGGCCAUUAGCAGUAAUCUGCAAAAAAUAAUACAUUUUGUUUAUUGUUUUUCCUAUCAAGGUGGUGGGUUUUGACAGUGAAGGAAACUGUGUUGAAUUAAUGAAUUUGGAAGUGCUUACUGCAGCUCCAUGGUGAAUGGGUUACUUUUUUGAUAUUUGGAUGUGAAAAGUUACGCAUUAUGAGCAGGUUUUUGUCUCUCAGCCACUGUUGGUCCAGCCAACUUGCACUGCUUAUAUCUGUCUCUCUCUCAAAAGUAUAUUGUGAUUGUAUCUGUUGAGUUCAUGUUUUAGAAAGAUAUUGGUUAUAGAAGAAGAUAUGCCAACUUAAGCAAUAACGUAAGGUUGAUCAUAAUCUUUUUUCAUAUACAUUUACCAGAGUUGCAUUAGUCAUGUGACCCUGCAGCAGCACUGUCUAUCUCUGUUGUUCAGAUCACUUCUAGGAGAGCAAUGCACCAUUUGUCGGUUCAUAUGCUGAUCUGACUACAAACAACUUCAGGAAGAUUGUCAAAAAGAUAAAUAUAUUAUGUUCAUUGUUUAUCCGAUUGUGAAAUUGUCUCCCCAGUGUUUUCCUAUACUGUAUGACUGACCACUUACUUGUACUGUGCCGAUCUUCAUUUUAAUGUCCUCAAUUAAGGGGUCCCAUUAUGGCUUGUAAUGACUCCUGUAAGGUUAUGGGAAAUACUAGAUUACCUCUCAUAGCGUCGGACUCUGAGUGAAAUUAGAUUUGGACAAAUAUAUGCUUGUUAUUCAAGCAUUAAUGUGUUUCAUGUUAGCGUAUGAUCCAUGAGGGACAAUACCAUUCUGAUUUUAUACAAAAAUCAUCUGUUUACAAUCGACCCUUGGAAAUAGCAUGAAGACCGAAGUUUCGUUUACAGUUCUUGGGCUGAAUAUCAGAGUGAUCUCGGUAGGAGUAGAAAGGGAUGUAAUGGGAAAGUGUUUGCGACAGACAAACCAAGAGACCCAUCAGGCAUCAGAAUGGUUCAGGCUAACCCAGAUCUGUCAGACUCUCUGCUCCUGAAAAGACCCCCCUCCCCUUUGGAAAGUGGAGCAGACAGCUGACACAGUUUUCUUUUGUUUCCCCCCUUUUUUAUUUCUUUUUGAGCACCUUCAUCUCGUGUUUUUCUUGUUUUUGGUUUUUAACGUGUGGAAUUGACUGUUUUCUUUCACCUGUUUUCUAUUGUAUUUGAAGAGGAUGUGAUUGACUGCAUUCUAGUGUCCUGUUGGUCAGGAGGGUUCAUGGAAAGGAUGUGUUGUAAUCAGAAGGCAGGAGCUUACAGUGGCUUCGUGGUGACUGGUGGGUGAGAUGGAGAGAGAAAUGGAAUUGGAGCAGGAGAACUGAACAACUGAUCCCUGUGGGCUCCAGUCCUGCUGGGCUUGAAGUGGGAGAAAAACAGUGAGCGAAACAGCAGCGUUGGAUUUGGUCACCUUGAUGCUCAUACAGCAUUGCGUUAGAUGAUCUCAUCUGUUUCAGCUUUCACCUAUCUGUGCUCUUUAUUACUCAGUUCCACUAGCGGUUCUGGAGGGGGAAAUAACAAUUUUGGACCCCCUUGUGGCCCCCCUAAAUGUGGAGUAUGAAAUAAUUUGUACCUAACAAAUUUUUUGCUGUCAUUCUUUUUUUACAUCCGUUAUUAGACGGUGGCAACGAUGAUGAUUAUGAACAUGGUCUUUUGCCUGCUAAUGCCUGCAAUGCAGUGAAGAAAACAAUAUGUCAACAAUGUCUAAUGUAACUGGCCCCUCUAACAGUACAACUGGCCCCAGCUUGCCCCCCCAGUUGAAAUGGUCUAGAACCGCCACUGCUCAGUUCACCAACAUACAAUAAUCAGCAGCGUGUGUAUCAAUUCAAAAUUCAAUCCAGACCAUAGUUAAAUAGUGGAACUACAGUAUAUAGAGUAGAAAUCUCCACUUACAGUUCUCCACAGCCCAGGGUGUUUUGCGACUACCCCUGUUUUUAGUUUCUGUGCAAUUAAGGGCAAUAUGUAAUCACAUUACAUACUCAGCGUAUUUAGUUAUAAUGCUUUACACUGUUCACAGAUCAUCACAAAAUCAGUGUGGUCAAGACAUUACACUGUCAUAUGUUCACACAGGUGAUAUUCACAUGUUUGUGCACCAGAAUAAAAAUGUCUGUGACCUUCUGGAUAUGAUUGAAAUUUGGAUCAAAUCUGUUUAGGAGUUUUUUAAAUAUAUUCAAGUCUGAAAUGUGUUUAUAAAUUGAGGAUAAUGAGCUUCCUAUACAAAUACUUUCAGGGAAAUUCUAAAGGUCAUGAGUGUAUUUGUUCUGUUGUCGCUGACUCACCAUAGUGUCUUUUUCUCACACUUAUCAAUAUGUGAUCUCCUGAGUGUACGUGAACUCAACAAGGAAGUGUCUUCAGCGUGCAUGUUUUUUGUAGGAGAUUGUGAUUUGAAGGGUUUUCUAUCUACUUUAAAGGGUAAAAUGCAGUAUAUUACAGUAGUCAAUGUGCAACUAAGUGCUGUUGGAACACCAAAGAUCCUAGAAAAUAUAUGUUGAACAUAAACAAAUAAAAAUGUAAAGCUAAGAAAUGA